AUGAUGCCCGCCAACUAUAUCGCUGAGAGAAACGUUGAGGACGUGCAACAGGAAUUCAUCCGCAAGUUCGUUGAGGCAAAACCCAAAAUUGUAUCCUUUGUUGAUACUUGCCUUGGGUGGAAUAAGGCUGGAGAGUUCCUUCGAUUUUUCAAGGGCUCAUUUAACCUCAGUAUUGCCGCUCGAAAUUGUGUGACUAACGAGCGUGCUGUCAUUCGCUUCCCGAUUCCGGGAAAGGUAUACGAUCUAUGGCGAGUAAAAAAGGUUAAGCAUGAGGUUAUGGUUAUAAACUAUCUUCACGAGCAUACGAGCAUCCCCGUUCCACGUGUGUAUCAUUGGGGUCUCACUAAAGAGAGUCCACAGCAGCUGGGACCGUUUAUAAUUAUGGAAUAUAUGGAAGGCGAGAACCUUGGCGAUAUCCUAAAGAAACCGACCCCUAACGAGGCGGAUCUUGCGAUUCUGGAUCCAGAUAUCAAUGAGACCAAGCUCAACGGCAUCUUCGAACAGCUCGCUAGCUUUAUUCUGCAGCUUUCACGCCUGGAAUUCCCGCGUAUUGGCGCCAUUUCUAAGGACGCUGUAUCUGGGGAGUGGACUGUUGCUGAACCACCACUGACAUACGACAUGAACGAGGUCGUCAGCUUCGCUGGCUUUCCCGCCGAGCACUUCACGACGAUGCCGGUGUUCGACCGUUCGAGUGAUUACUUCGCAGCGCGUGCGCAGUGCCUACAAAUAAAUCUGGAGACGCAUCGCACCGUAGCUUACGAUACCAAAGACAUUACCUGGGGCCGGUACGUUGCGCGACACUGCUUUGCCAAGCUGAUCCCGACGUAUGGUAUGAUCGACGACGCCGGGCCGCAUCGGCUCUUCUGCGACGAUAUGCGGCCUUCGAAUAUGCUUAUUAACCCGAAGACGAUGGAAAUCACCGCCUUACUCGACUUCGAGUUUACGAACGUGAUGCCGGCCCAAUUCGCUUACGAUCUGCCCUGGUGGCUUAUCCUUCGGGAGCCGGGCAUCGAGCUGAGCGAAGGGGAGGCUGCAAAGCAGGAAUUUCUUAAUCUCUUCGAACCGCGAAAGGAGCAGUUCAUCCACGCAAUGGAACGCGUCGAGGCCAGGUCAGCCCGACCAGCUUGGGAGCCGCUCCUCUCGGCUCGAAUGAGGGAUUCGUGGGACAGCGGCCGGUUCUGGUUUAACCUUAUGUCGCGAAAUAGCGUCGACGUCGACCAAAUCUACUGGCAGAUACUGCAUAGAGAGGGCCUAGGUGACGCGAUGUUAGACACAGUCACACUUGAAGGGAAGGAGGAAUUCCUUAAACGAAAGGAGGCCCAGUUCAAGGCGUAUCUGGCAGAGAAGCAGAGUGAUACACGCUUCAAUGAGUAG